AUGAGUUCUAGAGCAUUGAGAAGACUUGAAAGACAGAAAUUUGGAGAAUUGGGUGGAAAUACUGAAACCCCUCUGGAUAAUGAAGUUGAAUCUGAUUAUGAACCACCACAAAAGUCUUUCAAUGCGUUUGCAUUUUUGAAUGGUGAAGAAGAAAGUAACGAUGAAGAGGAUUCUGUAAGUGAUGCUGAAUCAUCGAAAGCACAGGAACCUAAGAAAGAACAAGAAGUGAAGAAGAAUAAAAAAUCAAAGAAACUGAAGAAAUCGAAAUCUAAAGAAACAGUGGAUAGUGAUGAAGAGUUGGAUAAGUUUCUUGCAGAAGUGAAAAGAAAAGAUCAAGAGAAAUACUCCGCCUCAAACGGCAAUACACCUGAGAUUGAACUGGAAGAUGAAGAUGAAUAUGAAUGGGAAUACAAUGAAGAAGAGGAUGUUAAGGAGUAUGACUCAAACUAUAAAUUCUUCACUAGUGCCAGAUUAGAAAAAUCACUUUCUGUAUUAUCCAUCAAGUCAGUGAAGAACUUAGAUGCCGAUCAAGAAUUCCGUAAUUUGUUUGGGAAGUUAUCAGUUGAUACGAUCGAGGAUGCCAAUACAACCACAUCAUUGGCCAUUUCACCAGAGGUUUUACAACAAUUCAAGAGAUUAGCAAGACUUACUAGAGGUUGGGGUGGUAAAGAUCGUAGAAAUGUUCCUGGUACUACCAGAAAACUUCUACUCUCCAGAAUUCGUGAUGAUUGGUUGCCUACUGCUCAGAAGCCUUUAGGUAUGGAAGAAAUUAAGCCAAAAGAUAUGUUAGAAUAUAUGUCUUAUAAGGAGGACACUGCUGAUAGUGCCGAACUCUCAGCGAAAAUAAACAGAGAGGCAAAAUUGGGAGUUAAAUAUUAUCAUUUCACCAAACUUAAUAAUUCUGUUCAGGAUAGAGUUGCUAAUUCUCGAUUUUAUGCGGCUGUGGUGAUGACUCCUGAUCCAGAAUCCCUUAUGCAAUUAUUACAACAAUUCCCAUAUCAUGCUGAAACUUUACUUCAAGUGGCAAUGGUACUUCUUAGACAAGGAAGUGACAAAUCCACCAGUAAUGCCUUGAUUGAAAAGGCACUCUUUGUGUUUGACAGGUGCUUUCACAAAUCAUUCCAUGAAUCUCUUUCAGAAGGUCAAAAUGGACUUGUUCGCUUACCAUAUGAAGGAUUCAUGAAUAGACAAUUCCAUUUAUGUCUUUUCCGUUAUAUUAUUAAUCUUGGAGAAAGAUCAACAUUCUUCACUGCAUUGAAUUAUUGUAAAUUCUUAUUAUCAUUAUGUCCAGCAGAAGAUCCAAUUGGUGUUAGAUAUUUUGUUGAUUUCUAUGCUAUUAUGAGUGAAGAAUAUUCGUGGCUUUUACAAUUAGUUCAAUCGCCACUAGUAACCACUUAUUCCAAAUGGUUGACUCCAGGGUUGGCGUUUUCUGCAGUUUUAGCUCAUCUCCGUAGAAAUGAUCAAGAGAAUGCAAAGAAACAAUUGAAAUUAGCUUUCACUAAACAUAGAUAUGUUGCAUUCAAACUUUUAGAAGUUAUUGGACUUCCAUAUAAACUUCCAAGUAAUGAAAACUUCACCCCAAGCGAAGAAACUUUACUUGCUGCUGAAACAUACCUUGUACGUGCGGCAAUUUUGUGGAAAGAACAGGGUGAACGUGAAUUCUUACAUGAUGAAUUAUUGAAGUUAUUUUCUGAAGUACCAAAUAAGGAAAGUACUUCAUUUUUAUCUUCAAUUUGGGGAUCUUCUAAAUCAGACGAAAAUAAAUCUAUCCCAUUUAAUCUUGUUAGAUUUGCAAUUUUAUCUGGUGAGAAUAAAAUUAUGGCCAAGGUUCCUGAAUCAGUUUGGGCUCGCGAUGAUGUAUUUGAAUAUGAUAUUCUCCCCCCACACGAUAACUCUUCCGCUUAUAACGAAUUUACUGGCGUAAGUGGUGGACAUGUGGUAGACUCAUUAUUUGACUAUGUGGAUCAAAAUGUACUUGGUGCAAUUGUACAAAAUCAAACAGCUGGCGAAAAUGAUUUGGCCGAUAUUAUAGAUCAAUUGGAGUUAGGCGAUGAGGCUGAAGCUGAGAAUUAA